UUCCAAUUUUUCGCAGUAUCUCAGAUAUUUGAGCUUCCGUCCUUUUUUUUUUUUUUUNUAGGGUUUUUCCGUUUUUCUCAAAAAAAACAAUGGCGUCCAGUGAAUCUAGGAUGAUAGUGCUGAAGGCCUCCGACGGCGAGACGUUCGAGGUGGAGGAGGCGGUUGCCGUUGAGUCGCAGACGAUCAAGCACAUGAUCGAGGACGACUGCGCCGGAAGCGUCAUCCCGCUCCCCAACGUCUCGUCGGCGGUGCUGGCGAAGGUGAUUGAGUACUGCAGGCGCCACGUGGCCGGGGACCCCGACGGCACACUCAAGGAUUACGAAGCCGAGUUCGUGAAGGCCGACUCCGAGCAGCUCUUUCAACUGAUCCUGGUGAUGACUCUGGGUUUUUUAGACGCUGUUUUCUGUUCCGUUCGUGCUAGGUCUGUGCUUUAUUUGGUCGUUCAUAGGGCUUUGGGUUUUGUAAUUCCGUCUCUUGCGUUCCUUUAUUUGGUAGCGGCUUGUUGGAUGCUCGAUAUCACGUGCCAAGCUGUGGCCGACAUGAUCAAGAACAAGAGUCCCGAGGAAGUUCGCUCGAUUUUCAACAUAGCUAACGAUUUGACUCCCAAAGAGGAAGAGGAAAUUCGCAACGAGUACCCAUGGGUCUACGAGUGACUUAAAUUAAUGUUUCUAGCAAAGCUAUAGUAGGAAAUCUGGCAUUAGUUUAUGAUUGGAUACAUUUUUCUCCCUUUGUUAAAUUCUGAGCUCCAAACACCUUGUUUUGUUGGCAUGGCAGUCUUCUUUUUUGGGAAGUUUGUUGAUGUUUGGAUUGGAUGAUUAUUUUAGUUCUGAAUUUCUGUAGUCUACUGUUGAUUUUUUUAUGUUUUUCUUGAGUUGUUGUGGUUAUGUUGUGAGUUAUCUCUAUUAUGCUCAUGGG